UCUCAAUGAACACUAUUAUCUUGGUACACACAGACCUGCUAGAUUGUAUUGUCGUGUACCAAAUCACAACGUAAUACAAACUCAAGAGAUGGUAAAGGUGGUUUGUAAUUGUGAUCUAGUCUUCUGGGCUGUGUGCUAUUAUAGUUGAUCACUCUGCCUCGAGGUUGAUAUUGUCUCCAAACUUGCUGUACAGUUGGACCUUGAGAUGAGUCAUGACUCCCUCAAUUGUCUCCGAGCUGGUCUUUAGUUUCGUGAGCUCCUCCUGCAGCCGCUCCUUUGCCUUCUCCAUUAUCUCCUGUGCCUCUUCUUCCUUCACGUGGAUAAACGUCUCCCCCACCUGAUACGGUACGGGGAUAUCUGAAUCUCCCAUCAUUAGUUCGUCCGACGCAUCCUCCAGGUUCUGUAGCUCUUUUUCUUUUUCGGUGAUCUUCUCUCUUAUGUCCAGCAGUCUGGCAUUCUUCCUGGCAAAGAGGUUGAUUCUCAUUUGAUCCUCUUUCUCCACCUCCACAUCCUUCACUCCUUCUUUCGUUGAGGGCGCUGUCAUUUUUACACGAGUCCGAGGCGACAGCUAUAAUAGCUACAUACACGCGUUGGUGGGCGGAGCUAGCUCACAUCGAGGUUGGGGUUUUCCCUUUGUCAUAUGACGCAAGCUGCUCGGGGCGCACACCGACUGCCUGUUCCCGAGCCUGCCCUUUAUAGCUGUCAGUGUGGGCCCUGGUGGUGUGGGUCUGUAUCUAACUAUACCAUGGCAGCGGGAAGGUGGAAACAAGCGAGGCUCAUGCUGUGGAAGAACUGGCUUUUUAGCGUACGCAGCUGGAAGACGACGCUACUGCAGCUUCUAGCUCCUCUGCUCUUCCUGCUCCUGGUGACGGGGCUCUCGUACCUGCCGCAGGGCCUCGAGAACGUCCUGAAUCCGCCCGUCACUCCCCUGGGGACCCUGCCUCGCUGCAAGGCCUGGAAUGGAAAGCCGUGUAUCUCUCUCAUUGCUUUUGGAUUUGAUUUGGAUGCUAGUGUAGAUUUUUUCAAUGUGACAGAGCUUGACAAAAGUAAUAAAGAUUGCGUCACAAACAUCAUGACUAACUUCUCACGAGCCACUGGACUGAGCAUGAACACAAACUCUAUGAACACCACUGCCGACAUUCACCUGGUCCUGAGCAAGAGUGAACUGAAGGAGAUUUUCAGAGUCCACAUCACCACUCAAACUGUCAGUAACUACUUCACCCAGCACCCGAACCAGACUCAGGCGGCUGUAAUGUUCUUUGAAUGUUCAGUGGACCAUCAAAAUAAGUCGGCCUCGAAGCUGAACUACACAAUCCUCUACAACUCCACCCGAGCUCUGGCAUUUGAGCAGAUCGUCCUGGGCAGUCCCAACAAACCUGACGGAAGAAAAGAGAUAGCAGUUCUGAUUGACUCUCUGUUCCUGUCUCUGGUGAUGGGCUCCACUGUCACACUCAAUGUCAGCGCCGCUUCCUUCCCUCUCUACUACCAGAGAGAGUCAGUUGCCACCAAACAGGCUGAAACUGCUACCACAUUUCUCUUCUGUGCCAUUACUUUCCAGUUUGUGAUGAUGCUCUACAAUGUUGUCUCAGAGAAAGACCUCAAGCUGAGACAAGGGUUGAAGCUGAUUGGGUUGAAAGACUCGGUCUAUUGGAUGACAUGGGCUGUGACUGGUCUCGUGAUUGCUUUCUUUCUCUACCUUAAUCCUCACGAUUACUGGCUAUGCGUGUCAGCUGCAGUUCUUCCUCAACACUGAGCCAGACAUCAUCUUCUUGUUGUUCUUCAUCUACAGUGCCAGUAUGGUCCCUCUGGCCUUCUUUGCCAGUGUAUUCCUCAGUACUGCCAGACAAGCAGUCAAUGCAGGGAUGAUGGUGUUUGUAGUGGGACUAAUGGUCAUAUCUCUACUCAGUAACCAGUUCCUGUUGAUAGAGCUGUAUCAAUAUGUGAAGCCUCUGGUUUCAGUACUCUCCUUUCUCCCUCCCUUCCACCUGGCGAAGGCAAUGUCAGACAUAAGUUCAGCAGGCAGUCCCACCGACAUCAGCGGCCUACCCCAGGAAUCCUACUACUUUGACUGGGAACAGAUGACGAGGGAUCGCACACAGAAGGUCCCCAGCACGGACAGUAAUGCCGACAGCACCAACGCCUAUACCACCGUAUUUCUGCCUCCUACCUAUGCCUCUCUUCUAUUCCUGGUUGGAGACGCUAUUCUGUACGGGCUGUUGGCGUGGUACCUGGAUGGUGUAAUCAGAGGCAACCAUGGAAUGCCAAGAAAACUUCACUUCCCAUUCCAACUGUCCUACUGGCUGCCAACGAAAGGCAAGUCGCCUCCUUCAGGACAGCAGAGGAGCGUCCUACAGGACACCGAUAAUGAUCAGGACACCUCUGACGAAGACGACGCCCCACUCUUGACAAAAGGAUAUAAACUUGGUGCAUUGGACGCAAUGGAAGUCCACGCCCUGAGAAAGACAUUCAGCACAGGUCUCUGCAGUAGAGGAAAUGUGAAAGUUGCAGUGGACGGACUCUCUCUCAAAGUACAGGAGAACCAGAUCCUAGCUCUGCUCGGCCACAAUGGAGCUGGUAAAUCAACCACCAUCAACAUGCUAACAGGACUACUAAAACCAGAUCAAGGGAAUGCCUAUUUCUACGGUCUGACUAUCACGGAGGACCUGGACGCCAUCAGGAACAUCCUGGGGGUGUGUCCUCAACACGACGUCCUCUGGGGAGACCUCACAGCCUACGAGCACAUGCAGCUGUUUGGCCACCUGAAGGGGAUCUCACGAGAGAACAUGGCGACAGAGAUUCAGACACUACUGGAGGAGGUCCAGCUUAACCACGUUGCCGACCACCGAGUGAGGACGUACAGUGGUGGAAUGAAGAGAAGAUUGAGUGUGGCCCUCAGCUUCCUCGGAGAUCCCUCCAUCAUCUUCCUCGACGAGCCCACGACAGGGAUGGACCCUCAAAUCAGGAGGGACAUAUGGAACCUCGUUCUCCGGAAGAAGCAAGGCAGAGUCACAGUCAUGACCACCCACUCCAUGGAGGAGGCUGACAUCCUGGGAGAUAACAUUGCCAUCAUGGCCGCCGGUACACUCAGGGUGAUGGGGACGUCUGUCAACUUGAAGAACAGGUUUGCAGGUUACAACAUUGAGCUGGUGGUACGUCACCAGGACAGGGCAGCCAUAGAGGUGCUAGUGAGGGAAAAGUUGCCAGGUUCAACGAAGAGGUCAGAUCCAGUUGAGGUGGAAGGCGGAGUCCUGCUGCCUUACAACCUACCACCAGACAGGCAGGCGGAGAUAGUGCCGUUCUUCACGGUGAUAGAGAGAGAGAGGAGUUUGGCAGACAAGAUAGUGGACUACUCCAUAUCCCAGACCACUCUCGAGGAGGUCUUCCUCAAUGUGACUGUUGGUGAGUUGUUCAGGGACCAGGAGUACCAGCCGGCACUGCUGAGGUCACACUCCCACACCACACCCCUCUCCCCUCUCUCCCCUGAGCCACCACACGGCAGCAAGAAACAGCUCUCUGACCUCUCUCAAUAGGCGAAACUUUUACAUCACAUCACUACCGCGUGUUAAUAAAUUGCGUGUUUCAAUUUUUACAUCAUGGGCUACGAAACAGCUCUCUGACCUCUCUCAAUAGCAACACUGACCCUCCAACACACUUUAUUGCUGUGUGUCUCAAAAGAUGUUGAGUGUGAAUAUGUGUUGCCUGUGCACUGCAUUGCCACCCUCCCACAUUAAAUGUGGUUUGCAUGACUUGAAAUAUACUUUUUAUUUGAGCGGGUGUCAUCGGUGGUCACGGGGCAAUUAAACACACACCCAGGAAUGGGCAG